CCCAAAAUCGGCAUUUUUUUGCCUAUAAAAAUCGUCAAACAAUCUCCACAAAACUUCCCAAUUUCUCCAUCUUCAACACUGAAAAUGGAGAAAAUCAGCUCUCCUGCUGGAGACCCUUCCCUGGAUUUCCCUCAAGAUUUCAGGUGCCCGAUUUCCAUGGAGCUCAUGAGAGAUCCUGUAACAAUCUCCACAGGCGUUACCUACGAGCGGAGAAACAUCGAAAGGUGGUUUCACACUUACAAGAAAAGAACUUGCCCCGCCACUAUGCAAUCCAUUGAAAGCCUGGAAAUGACUCCGAAUCACACCCUGAAGAGAUUGAUCGUUGGAUGGCUCGAUUCCCAGGCUGAUCAGUGCCUGUCGACUCCGGCCCGACGACAGUCUGCCAAGCACGACGAAUUGGCGGCAGUUCUUGGGACGAUUGAUUCGAGUCCGUUCAAGGUGAGUUCGUUGAGGAAACUCAGGUCCAUUCUUGAAAUGGGAGAUGAAGUGAAGGAAGAUUUCAAGAGAUUAGGAGGGGUGGAGGUUCUUGUGAGGAUAAUUGUUCAGAUUUUGGUUGAAAAUUUGGAUUUCGCAACGUUUAGAGCCUGUGAGGAGGCGUUAGGGGUUCUGCACCAGGUCCCGGUUUCUGAUGAAGAUGAGCAAAUUCUCCAGCUUUUGAUGAAACCUGAUUGCAUGAGAUCAAUGUGUAUUAUGCUCCAAAGAGGCAGCAUGGAAGCCCGAUUUUGCACCAUUUCGGCGUUUCAGAAGAUGGCGAAAGCUGAUUAUCAUUGGAACUAUGUUGCACAGGAUCAGGGCAUUGAUUUCUUCAAAUCCCUGCUGGAAAUCGUGUCUGAUGAAAUCUGCACGAAGGCAAGCUCUUCUGCGCUGAAACUUCUGAUAGAAAUCCUGGAAGCAUCGAAGAAAUCCAGGCUGAAAGCCAUUGAAGCUGGAGGGGUUUGCACGCUGGUCGAACUUCUGCCUGAUUCGAACAUAUCGAAAUCUGAGAAGAUUCUGAAGCUGAUAAAGUUACUGUGUGAGUGUGCGGAGGGGAGAUUGGCUUUUACCGAGCAUGGAUUGGGGAUUUCUGCUGUGGCCAAGAAAAUGUUGAAUGUGUCGCCUGGAGCCACCAAGAUCGGGGUGAAAAUCUUGUGGCUAAUUUCGAGUUUUCACGCGACGGAGAAGGUUUUGGAGGAAAUGCUGGUUUCCGGGGCGGUGAAAAAGCUGGUGGCGCUGCUGAAUAUCGGCAGCGGGCAGUCGAGCACCAAGGAUAGGGUGGUGAAAAUCUUGAAGUUGCACGGCCGGGUGUGGCGGCGAUACCCGUGUUUUCCGAGUGACGUGAAGGCUUACUUGGGGUUGGAAAAUGAUAAUACUUGCUGAAGGGAGAAGGAAACAUGGAAUUUUUUUUCCUUUUUUUUUUUUAAAAUAGAAAGAAAGAAAAAAAGAGUAAGAAUUUGUAGUAUAUUUUUAAUGAUGAUACACAUGAAAUUCUUUCUUUUCUCAAAUCAAUAAAAAGUAAAUUAGCAAUAUUUAUUAGUUUCCUUUGAUGUUCUGUUAUU